AUGCAGGGUCUUAAGGUAAGUGCGGCCGUUUACGAUUUGUAAAAAAAAAAUAAAAAAAUAAAAUAAAAACCGAAAUCGAUCGCGGGCCCGGAACGAAGACGCCCGAAAAGACGUUCUCGAUCCGUUCGGCGCGCCGCCGUACGUUUUCGUCGUUCGCGACUAGAUUUCGGCUUUACGUAAUAUUCACCAAUGACGAAUCGUUGAAAUUUUUGUUUUGAACUUUUUAUUGCGAUAAUGGUGUUAUUGUUUUCGUUGAUCCCAUAGGUAUAGACAAUUAUAUCGAUCGAAUCACGGACGUUUCCGUGAUAAAUAAUUUCGCUAAUGAUUUUUACAAACUUAAAAAACAUAUCGUGGAAUCGGUUCGUCGUUAGUAAAUGUCGGGUUUCAUAAAAAAUUAAUUUUUCAAAUGUUAUAGUUUUGAAAACAUAUAAAAUAGACGAAUCUAGUGCAAGGCUCUAGGGACUUUUAUAAGAAAAGAAAAUACUAAAGUCGGCGAAUUUCUCAACGAUUGGCGUUGUAAUAGUAUUAUAUUUUUAUUAAAUUCGCCUUUCCGUUGUUUUCGAUAUUUUUAAUCUACUAGAAUUUUGUUCUUGGGGUUUAAUUUUUUUUUUAUUUUUUACCAAAGAAAUCUCGUUAUUUAACGGGAAAUGAUACGCUUCGAGAGGUUGGGUCAACACCGAUAUCAAUAAAUCCCUAUACUAAUAUCUUUUUAACGGAUUUUCUAUUUAAAUAAUUCGGUUGGGCUUUUACACAAGCAGAUACGAAUAAAACCAUAUGUCGGUGUUGAAAAUCCGAUCGGUUUUUUUUCGUUUCAUUCUUAACUCGUGCGUUCUGAUUUCUCAGACUGUAGGAUUGCUGUGCGUGGUUUUCGCUUGCUUGGCACGAGCCGCCGAAGAACCGUCGGCACCGGCCCAAUACGAAUUCGCUUACGCCGUAAACGAUCCCACCACCGGCGACCAAAAGGACCAACAGGAAUCGAGAAACGGCGACGACGUCAUCGGUUAUUACCGCACCCUGGACGCGGACGGUUUCGUGCGAACGGUCAAGUACAAGUCGGACGCCGUUAACGGAUUCACCGCCGAAGUCGUCCGCGAGCCCGUGAACGGCGCCGCUGUUCCUGCACCGGCCGUCGUUAAGGCCGUGCCCAAGCCAGUCGCCGUCCCAGCGGUCGCGCCUGUGGUCGCCCCGGCACCCGUAAUCGUCCGCGCACCGGCCGCACCAGCAGUCCUCCCGGUAGCUGCCCCGGCUAUCGCGCCUUACUACUUCGGAUCGUCCGCGGGUUACCCGUACAACUACCAACCGUACUCGUACGGUUACCAGGGUUACCAAGGAUACCAGGGAUACCCGGGAUACUCGGGAUACCAAGGAUACCCAGGAUACCAGGCAUAUCCCUACACACCGUACUCGUACGGCCAAUACCCGUUCAGCGCCCCGUACAAAUAUACGGCUCCGGUCGUCAGAAAGUAG